AUGGCGCAGGACAUGCCGCCCAAGGGCGGGUACGAGCCCGUCCAGUACAAGCGAAACCUGCCCGCGAGGGGCUUCCGCCCGGGCGUCUUGCUGCUGGGCAUGGGCGCCGUCAUGGGCUACGGGUGGUAUAAGCUCAUCCACGGCAUCCGCGAAGCAAACGAACUCGCCCGCGAAAAGAUGUGGGCGCGCAUCCACCUCAUCCCCCUCCUGCAGGCCGAGGAGGACCGCGACCAGGUGCGGCGGUACUGGGCCGACCAGAAGCGCGAAAAGGAGCUGCUGGGCGAGAACGUCAAGGUCUACCACUCGGACAGGUUCGUCCGGCCGACGUUUGCCACGGUGCCUCCGCCGACGACAAAGUAA